AUGGAGUUUUACUUAGAAAUUGACCCCGUGACACUGAACUUAAUUAUCCUGGUAGCUAGUUAUGUCAUCCUCCUGCUGGUCUUUCUGGUGUCUUGUGUGCUUUAUAUGACUGUCGGGGUCGGGACCCCAGUAAGGAGUAUGCCCCAGAGACCGUGCCGGAGAACCGCUCGCCCAUCCGCUUGGUGGUAA